AUGUAAUGCGCGGGGCUUUUUGUUUUAUAAGUCUAGAAAUAUAAUCAGCAGAUUUAACGGUCUCACGCAGCUAUAAAAGGCCAAGAAAGGGCGGGUUUAAAAUAGACUGAAAGAAGCAAUAGCCAAUCGUUGCUUUGGAUAUGAAGGUUAGAGGGUGUUCCCGAAGCUCAGUAUAAUUCCUCUUACUAGGUACGUUCUGAAGGGCUGUCUGUAAAGUGUGUUUAGUCCACAUUGUCUGUUCUGUGCUGUUGUUUUUUUUUAAUUAUAAUUAUAAAUCUGGAUCGAAAUGUUUCUGCAAGUUUCAAAGAGCCUGAAAGUGUGAGACUUUACACUAUAACAUUAUUAGAGGUUUAAUACGCUACUAAGCAAAUAAUCACGCUUCCGGUCAGCAGUCUGCGCAGAAUCGUACCGCGUCCGCAGCUCCCGUUGCUGAAAUUUCCAAGUUACAAUAAUUGAAAGGCACGUGUGCCAUUCUAGAGGAUAUUAUUGUACAGAGCAUUAAUUGCCAGUGGAUGACUUACAGUAUCCUUCGGGCCGAGACGUUUAAUGUCUGCUUCCGAGUCACUGCCAUCAAUGCGACAGAAUGACCUGCUGUGACAGAGAGGAACACGGCCUUCCCCUGACGUUUGUUUUAACUUUAAUAAUUAGCCCAGUUCCGGGACCUUCGUGAUAGGGAUCAGGAAAUUCAUCUCUUUGAUAUGCGGUGGUAGGACCAUCCAGGCAGGCAGGGGGGAUGGCCAUGAAAGUUGUCAGCUCCAGGUGCUCCUUCUACCUGGGCUUCCUGGUGGGAACCUGCAUGCUGUACUUCCUGCUGCACCAGGCUGGGUUUAAUAAGACCCUCCCCAAGCUGUCUGAUGGCCUGGGAACAACAGCCAAAGCUCUGCCUAAACAGGGGACCGAACACAAGGACUGGAGGGUGGAGGGAUCUGCCCUUAUCAAUCAGAACCAUGCUCAUCACUCGGGAGAGGACAGCCGGAUUGCAGACGAGCUGUAUAAGAAGGUGCGCAUUUUAUGCUGGGUCAUGACCAGCCCAAGUAACUUGCAGACAAAGGCACGACAUGUGAAAGCUACCUGGAGCCGGCACUGCAACGUUCUGGUCUUCAUGAGCUCAGAGGAGGACCCGGAUUUCCCCACAGUCAAGCUCAGCACGGGGGAGGGCCGUGACCAGCUGUACUGGAAGACCAUCCAGGCUUUCCACUAUGUGCUAAAGAACCAUGAUGAGGAGGCCGACUGGUUCCUAAAAGCGGACGACGAUACCUUUGUCAUAGUGGACAACUUGCGCUGGCUUCUGUCUAACUACACGCCUGAGGAACCCAUCUAUUUUGGCAAGCGCUUCAAGCCGUACACCAAACAGGGCUACAUGAGUGGUGGUGCAGGCUAUGUGCUCAGCAAGGAGGCCCUCCGCCGCUUUGUGGAAGGCUUCCGAACCAAGGUGUGUACCCACACCUCGUCGGUGGAGGACCUGGCUCUAGGGCAAUGCUUGGAAAAGAUGGGCGUGGCCGCGGGAGAUUCCAGGGACACCCUGCAUCGUGAGACCUUUCACCCAUUCGUGCCUGAGAACCAUCUCGUUGGCACGUUCCCCAAGAGCUUCUGGUACUGGAACUACUGCUACUAUCCCAUCGUAGAGGGCCCACAGUGCUGCUCAGACCUGGCCGUGUCCUUCCACUAUGUGGACGCUGAGAUGAUGUACCUUCUGGACUAUUAUACCUACCACCUGCGGGCCUAUGGGUACCGACACCGCUAUCAGCCCCCGCUGCCUGAGAGCCUGGGUGUGUUGCCGCAGACUGUGGGGGGGGCCGGGCUGGGUAACGAACCGGGAGUCGGAGGGAAUGCCGCGGAACAGGAAGCUGAAUCGAAGGCACGACUGGAGGCGGAACCUGCUGGAAACAGAACGGCUGUUCUGGAGAAGCAGUAGUAGUACUGUAAUUAGGAGUGAGGUGUGCUUGUGUGCCCAAGGCCUGUCUGACUUGUGCAUAUAUAAUAUGACGGAAGGUGCACAUUAACAACCUGUUAUUCUGUCGGCUUUCUGUUUGACUGUCCCAAAGAUUGCAUUAUAAAAAUGUUUACUUUGAACGGUCAGCCCUUUUUACGUCAGUCACAAUCGUUUGUGUAAGGUAGGUCCGUUGUGUGAUGAUUUAUUGGUUCGCUGUUUGGGCAUUGGCAUUUCAAUUAAGGUUGAAUUAUGUACAACAAGAAUGGCUGAGGCAUGGUUCAUAACGUGUGGAUCAACCUGUCUAAGUUAAUUAGUUAUCACUGACUUUCUUCUCUGUGGUACUAUGUAAGGCUAGUCCAUUAUUUUAAUGCCCCUAUUUUAUCUAGUUUGGCAGGUGGCCCCUUUCAGUGCAUGACAUGAAAGCCUACUCAAGGCACAAAGUAGGCACGCCUGGUUUGGUUGUGUGCCACCUACUUCUUGCUCUGCAGGUUGCAUGCGUCAUUGAUUUGAAGUUAUGCUCAGAAAGCACCAUCCUCUCGAAUAGCUUAACGUUAAGUUCCUGGCCGCCAGUAGAUGGCGCUGUAAAGUGAGGAUGGGGAGGGGGGGGGGAGACAAGCCCAGCCAUCUAAACCACCUGCUGGAAAGUGAAGUUAUUUGUGCUGUAUGGGCCCACGUAUUUUUAAUGUGUGAAGGCCGGGCCGUUUUAGAGAAUUUGGUGACUGUUUUUAGGCAUAAGGGAAGGAAAAUAAGUAGGUGUAUGUUUCCCAGUUUGUUUUAAUUCAUUGGGGAUAAUCUUUCAGGCUUGUAUAUAUGACGAUUUUUAAUGUAUGUACAGCAACCUGGUGUUUCAGUUCUGUAUAUUUACUGGACCAGAAUACUUGGGGUACUCACCUGAAUGACAGCUGUCCACAUGGUGGGAGGCCCCACAUGGGCUUAUGUGGAGAAACAUCAGGGAGCGAGAGAUGACAAAAUAUAUUAUGAUUGAUUUAUCAAAGGAAUUUUAAUUAUCUCCCUGCUUAUUGUCUAAGUAUUGAUCAGUUGUAAUUAAAGUUUGGAUUGGGAUGUUUUUAGUUUUGGUGUUUGUGUACUCAAUGCACUUCACACCUAAGUGUUGAUUUCUCUCUUCCUCUGUAAAUAAGCAAGAUAUAGGUUUUUUUUAGUCUGUGGAUAUUUUGUAGAUUAAAUUAUUUCAUUUCUGUAGUGUCUGCCUGUGGACUUUUGGUUAAAAUUGCAGAUAUCUGAUCUGACUUUUUGGGGGGUGUUUUUGAGGCUUCCUCAUCAUAUGUUACAGUAUUGGGAACCAAAGCUCACUCAGUCCUCAUGUAAUCCACCUAAGAACUUUGAUUACAUUUCCAAAGCUCACUAAGACCUUCUUGAAAGCGUAUCCUAUGGACUGAGUGCGUUUUGAAAAUGUAUUCUUCACUUCAUCAUCAUCAUCAUCUCCAGGUUGAGAACGCAUUUUGCUGGUUUAGAUUACUUUCCUAAAGCCUGAGCUUGUAUUACCCAUUACUAUAGUUUUUACAUGUUUUUACUAUGGUAUAGCACAGCUGCAUUGCACCAUAUGUAAGCUGAAAUCUCAUUGAUUUUGUAUCAUGUAGGGGAUCCCUGACCAGGGUUCCACUGGGCCACAGAAUGCUGAGAGUUUGUGGAGAGGUUGGUUAAUUUAGAAAAUUAAACUAUAUAUUUGCAAUUUUUCAUGAGCCCUCAUGUUUGUGCAUUCUGUUUGCAUGUGAAAAAAUGGAAACCGUUAAGUUAUGAAAUCUCCUAUCGAUCCCAGCCCCCUCAUUUCACCAACAUCAAAAGGUUGAGAAGCCUUUAUGUGAACAGCAUUCACUUAAUUUUUUUUUAAUCACCAAAUUCUGUUUCUUAAAGCUGUAUGUGAUUUUCCCCCCCUUUGUUUUGUAAAGGGUAUUUUAUUACCCUAUGCUCUUCCACUAUAUCAUGAAACUGUCAUGUAAAUAAGUUUGGGAGGUGUGUCUCUUUUUAAAAGAAUGUCUUUGGCGUCUUCUGUGGAGGCUGAUUGCUGUGAACAAUCACUGUGUAUAAAAAUGUCAUGUUUCAAGUCAAAUUUCAGAACUUGCUGUCCCAAAGACAUAGUUAGGUUAAUUAUCAUCUCUAUAUUUCCCAUAAUGUGUGCGUUCAUUGUGAUGGACGGACAUUUGUUUGGAGUGUUUUGCAUUGUACCUUGUGAUGCCUGUGCUAAGCGAAUGCCUGUUGCGACCUUGUACUGGAUAAGCAGUUGGAGCAAAGAUAAAUGAAAUUGUUGAUUUGGUAAGAAGUCAUGCUUAUCCAGUUUGGGUUUGUGAUGUUGACUCUUUCCCAUGUUAUAACAAGGGUUAUCCAGCAAAUAUUGAAAUCGAGGUAGGAGUUUUGCAAAAAGUUACUGUGGAAUCAAUUAUCUCAUGUUUAUUUACAAAAACACAUUGUUGAUUCUUUAAAAAUUAUAAUGCUCUCUAAACCACAAAGGCUCUUAUCAAUAAAACUGACAGAAUAUAAA